AUGGCUUCUGGGAAACAUUUUACAGAUUUACCAGAUGAGCUGUUGCUGAUAAUUUUCUCAAACUUGAGUAUUGAAGACCUUGCAAUGUCUGUACAACAUGUUAAUUCACACUGGAAGAAUGUCUCACAAGAUGAUUCACUAUGGGAAUACCAAACCUUUAGUCCUGGGUGCAAGAUGAGCGAUGAGGAAAUAUCAAGACAUCUAAGGAAUAUGCCAGCACUACGGUCGUUCUGUCCAAGUCGAGGAACAAACACGAAAGUCGUUGAUACACUGUGCAAAUACUGUAGAGAUAUUCGACACAUAUACUUCGGAUAUUCCCACAAGCUGAGUAAUUCAACAUUGCAUCAGAUUCUUAAAAAAUUUCCCCAUAUAGAGAAGCUCGUUAUCCCUCUCCCCAAAGAAACAGAUCAAUUACAUUUUGCAGAUCUAGUUGCACAGCUUAAAAAAUUAACAACAUUAAGUUUUACCAGCCACUGUGUUUCCACAGUUGCAAAUGGAGUACUCAGAGCAAUUGCUGAUGGAUGUCCAUCUCUACAAUGCGUAGAUAUGGGAUUCAGUAAAUCCCAAACUAAAGACAUUGAAUACUUUCUGGAGAAAAGGGGGCAACAGCUUUCAUCUUUCUCUGUUAGAAGCUACAUAUCAACUGUAGCCCACAGGCUCUUAACAGAAUGUGCAAAUUUGGAAUCUCUCACUUAUCACAAUUUAAAUGCAGAUCUGCCAGAUACAUACAUACAAUCUCUCUCGAAAAUGUCAGAAAUGCGCGAGUUGGUACUUAGGUAUUUUAGAGAAGGUCAAACACGAAAUGUAUCCAGUAUAUUUAAGAAUCAGUCAAUGUCUAAAUUAAUUACUUUAUACUUAUAUGACUCUGAUGAUUUUGAUGGUUCAUCAUUAGCUGUGAUUUUGACAAACUGCCCUCAACUACAAAGACUUACUGUUCAUGAGUGUGGACUUACAGAUGAUGGUUUCCAGUAUACUCGUACCUGGAAGAAUCUACAAUAUCUUGAUAUUGCUCGUUGUUUAUUAAUAACAGACAAAAGCAUGGAAUAUGUUGGUGCUGGAUGUCCAAACCUCAGUCAUCUUCGUGUUGCAGAUUGCUACAAGCUGACAAACAAAGGCACUGAAUAUGUUUGCUCAGGCUGUCAGAAACUCAAGUACCUUAGUAUUCAAAAUUAUCCUGCAAUUACAGAUGAUGUGAUGGAACACAUAUUCAAAUGCAAACAGCUGGAGGUUCUUGAACUUUCACACACUUCUCAUCUAUUAGGAAUUAAUUUUCAUCUGAUUCCAUCCACUCUUGUCCAUUUGACAGAACUCCAUGUUCAUGGUUGCAGUUCAUUAGAUAAGAAAUGUAUGGACAAACUUAAAGAAGAAAUGCCACAUCUGUUAAUUGCAGGAAUUUAUACCAGAAAUGAGGAAACUGAUGUUAACCUAGGCGAUGCAAAGUUCUUCAUUUCUCAGUUUCUGUGA